CAAUAAAGAGGCAAACUAAAAACAAUUCCACUUACAAGAAUCGUUGUGGAGAGUCGACAUCGUCAUCAGUUCGUUUAUUCAGUGAUUCAGUGCAUUAUCUUGGUUUUUAUUGAAAUUUUUUUAUUCUAACCUAAAACGAGAAGCUUGGUGACGCCAUGUUUCGACCAAAUCAACAUUCAGGCAACAAGUACAUCAGCACCCCAAUAUUUAACAAGAAUUUUUCUAUUAUAUAAUUCUACCCUCUAUCGAUUAAUACUCUUCAAAUUGUUUUUUAUUAACUAUAAAAAAAAUAAUCGUCACUAGAAGAGAACAAAUUUCUUUCGGAUUGAUACCCAAUCGGGUGCCGGUAAAGUCAACGCCGACUUUUUUUAUUUACAUAUCAAAUGUGACAAUAAUGGAAUCAAAACAACAAAUAAAACCCUCAAACUGAGUGUAAAAAUGCCAGUUUGUUACAAAUAAGAGUGAAAAAUGCGUCUCCACGUGUAUUUGUUAUGUGUUUUAGUCAUAACACCCCCAAUUUGGGGCUCUUAUAAUGUGUGUCACUCAGCCAAGAAUGAAAUACUCACCGACGAGGAAUGCUCGGAAUUAUAUUUUGAUCGGAGCGAAAAAACGACGAGUUUGGGUCGUGUGAAACUCUAUUUUGAUAGAAAUCUACUGUGGGUGACUCCGGGGGCCAAAUCGUGGACUAAUAGUUUUCUACGAAUAACUAUGCAAAAUAAUGCCACGAACCGUAUUUGUAGCAAAUUGGUGCAUAGCAGCCCCCCUGAAUCGUAUUGCGUGGCAUUUAGGCCGGAAAUGGAGAACGAGACGUUUCUCCUUGAAUAUAAGAUCGAAAACCUUCCGGAAAUUAGCUCAAGGGCGAUUAUUUUUACUCUUCCAAUGCGCGAAAUGCCGUUUUUUUUCUAUGUUGAUAAGACUGAGACUUCCCAUUUGAUUCUGAACGGCCAAAAAUUGACAAACAAUGCCACUUUUUACGAAGUUAAGGCAUUUAAGGAAAAAAACGGAAACACCAAUUUGCAAGACUUGCGACUAUUUGCGCCCUCUGAUCAACUUCAGUACGAUUUUUCCACUUAUAACGACGUCGGGAAUUACUACUUUGUCGUAUCUGUGAUUAGCGAUAAUUGUACCGAUAGUGUGUGUCUCCAGGUGGCAACACCAAAAAUUUUUAUUGGACGUAAGAGCACUCGUGUGGUCAUUGGCAUCGUGGGGGCUAGUUUUAUCCUCCCCUUCGUGUUGUUUCUUUUCCAUAUUUUGACGAAAAAGUACCCCCAGGAGCCCCAAACCGAGCUCCAGGAACGCGUAGUCAUCGCAUAUAAAUCCUCCUUCAGGAAGCACAACGAAGUCGUUGCGGCCUUGGCCUCGCUAUUACGCAAACUGGCCAAAAACCAGCUCAUCAUCAGCGUGGUUGACUUAUCCAAAACGUCGAAAAAAUUCUGUCUCGACUCGGUGCUGCUCGCCCACAGGGUCAUCUUCGUAGCCCCGCCGAAAAGCGAUGAUAACCCCAUUGUAAUCGACAAGGAGUUAGCUGGGAAGGAUUUGUAUUGCGUGCUUUUCGACCACACUGUGGAUAAUCUUGGGGGUUUUGUCGAUAAACGCAAAACGUUUAAAAUGUUCGAGGACUUUGACGGGUUUAUGGCCGCUUUGGACAUUUCCGAGUACGAGUCCGGGUGUCCAGAAUUGAGGAAGAGGGCCCAAGAGGCCAAAAUUGAGACUGAUCACGAGCUAAAAGGCGUCCCUAUGAUCGUGGUGACUGAUUUGGAGCCCCGGGAAGAUGAUUCGCUCAUUUAAGACUGAAGUGUCAAUUUGGUGUAAAGUUGUUUUAUGUUUAAAAAAUAUAAUUCUCAAAAUCG